UCAAUGUGGAGAGGAUUUUGUAAACUGACUUACAAUUGGAUAACUUUAUUUUUUUCUGUAGAUUUCGGCAGCACAACUGAUAUCAUUCAAACAAUACCACAAGAUUUGUUUGCAGAGAUCUGUGAGCAAAUUAUCCAGUAUCUUCGGCAUCAGAUCUCAGGUGUAAACACAGUGGAACUGUGUCAGAGAUUUCAAACAGCUGGGAUUGAAAUUAGUGCUAGUGACCUUGCAAAGGUAGUUAAUACUGUUUCCUCUGUAUUCAGUAAUGCAGCAAAAAACAAGCUUUCCCCCGAAGAAUUUUCUACAAGACUCGGCAGUGCAGCGGGUACUUUGCCAAAACAAGCUUUACAGGUUAUUCGGCAUGUGUGGAAUGAACAGGGGAACUCCUUCACUGGGUCUGAAGGUGUUAAUAACAUAGGGAUGGUUGGCCAGCUUAUUGACUUCCAGUGGAAGCUGGGGAUGGCGGUUGCCUCUGACAGUUGCCGAUCUUUGAAAUGCCCUUACAUUACAAUGGCAGUAAAAGUGGCUGAUGCUUCUGGGCACGUCACAAGUAAAUCUUUUGAAAUGACAGUCCCACAAUUUCAGCAUUUUUACAGUCAGUUCAAGGAAAUGGCAUCUGUUCUUGAGACUGUUUGAACACCGUUUUAGCACUUCGUCUGAACCAAGGGGGCCUUUUCAAGCUUGACCAUGAAACAGAGUAUUUUUAUUAAGCAAUAUCCUGGGUUUAUCAUCAUCUUGUAUUAAAUACACUGCUGCCUGAAUGAGCCCGAGAACCUCAUGAGAUUGUUCAUUCCCUAUAUCAAGGCAAUACAUUAUUCCAAGCUUUGAGGCAAACCAUAGCCCAUCAUUAUUUUGCAAUUGGUUGUCCUGCGAACUAGGAUUCCAAACUGUGCUAAUGUUCCCAGUUUGUGAUUAUGUUUUUGUAGGACAGCCACGGAUUGUGGCUCAUUGAUGUGAUUGUAGUGAUAAACUGUGGCUUGCUGCAAACCGCUAAACCGUGGUCUGCUGCAAACCGCUAAACCGUGGUCUGCUGCAAACCGCUAAACUGUGGCCUGCUGCAAAUCGCUAAUUUCACCCUGCUUGGAGAGAGUAGGGAAUAUGUGAUACUGAAGGCUCCCCAAGACUAGUUCAUCCAGCAGCCAGCCUCGCCUUGUCAUGCCACAUCUAUUAGAACCAAUUCCUAUGUGAAGGCACUUCUGAAGAUUGUUCACCUCUACCGAGUGCACCGUUUUUCUUGUUGACUGCAAAACGUGCUGCCGACAUGGAGAACUCCCAUCUCACAGAAACAUCCAACAAGGUGGGCCAUGCAUAAGAGAAAAUGAGAAAACUAAGACUUAAGUCUUCUGUGGGAACCUGUAUUUCUUCCCCCACACAUGGGGAACUAAUUAAACCAGCAAUGCAGAAUGUAUACAGUUAAGUAUGAUUGGUAAGUUAAUAAUGGCAAAAUGGUAUGCCACGGAAUGUUCUCGAAGCCCAAACUCCAUUGUUUCCUAUUAAGAACAUUUAAUCUAAUGUAAUAAAAUGUUGCUAUGCCUUUAUCUUAAUAAACGUCAACGGUCACUUUCA